AUGCUGCGCGCCUUUGAGACAGUGGAGUCUAGGAAGAGGCCGCAGCCGCAGCAGCAGCAGCAGCAGCAGCAGCAGCAGCAGCAGCAUAAGCAGAAGAGGCAGCAGGUGACCCCGAUCGGAGAAAUGCAACAGCAGCAGCAGCAGCAGCAACAGCAGCAGCAGCAGCAGCAGCAGCAGCCGCUCGUGCUGCACCAACUGGAGGAGGAAGACCUUGAGGCGCCUGCGGCUCGUAUUUUUCCUUUGGAAACUGCAGCAACAGAUGCAGCAGCAGCUGCAGCAGCAGCAGCAGCAGCAGCAGCAGCAGCAGCAGCACCAACCCCGCCGCUGUCACCUGCCGAGGCAUCAGACUCUUCCCUAUCUGACUCAGAGCUCUGUCUGCCCGAGUCUGUGGUUGCUGCAGCAGAACCAGCAGCAGCUGCUGCAACAGAGCCAGCAGCAGCAGCAGCAGCAGGAGAACCAGCAGCAGCAGCAGCUGCAGUGGGAGGCGCAGCAGCAACAGAGUCACCGGCCGCAGAGGCAGCUGCAGCGCCAACUGCAGCAGCAGCAUUUCCUGCAGCAACAGCAGCAGCAACAGCAGCAGCAGCAACCGCAGCUCAAGAUCUGCAGCUUAGCGCUAUACAAGACUACGAAGCGCCUGCAGCAGCAGCUGCUGCUGCUGCAACAGCAGCAGCAGCAGCAGCGGCAACGCCAGCAGUAGCAACACCUCUACAAAAAUGUGUGCUGCAGCAGCUGCUGCUGCUGGUGAUGCUGCUACUUCUGCUGCCGGCAGCAACAGCAGCAGCUCCCGCAGAGACUGCCAAUGCAGCGAAAAGCUUGCUGCGGCUUGUGAGGCAGGCAGUCCCUGCAGCACGAGCAGCAGCAGCAGCAGCAGCAGCAGCAGCAGCGGGGAUAGCCGCGGGAGCAGCAGCAGCCGCAGCAGCAGCAGCGGCAACAGCCCCUGCAGCAAAAUCACUUUGA